ACAAAGACACAUUUGUCACCCUGGACCACAAAACCAGUCAUAAGGGUCAAUUUUUUGAAAUAUAGAUUUAUACAUCAUCUGAAAUCUGAAUAAAUAAGCUUUCCAUUGAUGUAUGGUUUACUGGGACAAUACUUAAGACAAUAUUUGGUCGAGAUGCAACUACUUGUAAAUCUGGAAUCUGAGGGUGCAAAAAAAACGAAAUAUUGAGAAAAUCACCUUUAAAGUUGUCCAAAUGAAAUUCUUAAUGCAUAUUACUAAUCAAGAAGUUUUUGAUAUAUUUAUGGUAGGGAAUUUAUAAAAUAUCUUCAUGGAACAUGAUCUUUACUUAAUAUCCUAAUGAUUUUUGAUUUUUCCUAAAAGAAAAAUUUAUCGUUUUGACCCAUACAGUGUAUUGUUGGCUAUUGCUACAAAUAUACCCGUGAUACUUCAGACUGGUUUUGUGCUCCAGGGUCACAUUUCUCAAAACUGUAAACGCGUUCUGUUACUGUACGUGAAUUGGCGGUGUGCUGUGUUGUUGCGUUUCAUAUUCAGUUCAUCGUGUUGAAGUUUCUCAGUGUGUUUCAGGUCUCUUCACGGUAGUGUGAGGGGAAAAUGAAUUUUUCCUCAAACUCAUUUUUUUACGGUAUCUCCCAGUUAGAGGUUUUUGUCAGCCGAUCUCACUAGUUUUCUCUAGGCAGUGUCAGUCUGUGUAUUUGGGUUUUUUUCUUGCGUGUCAUCUGAGGUUAAAGUUUGACGAUAACAGAAGAGAAUAUGUUUAUUUUAAGAUGAUGGUGAUUGUGCUUAUACCAUUGAGAAAAGAGUGAAUUGUUUUAUGAAUUGUGUGUUAGCAAGCGAGAAGAACUGUAGUAACUCCAGGGGCCAGUUGUUCAAAAAGUCGAAUCUGGAUCAGAGUGAUCUGGAUUUGUUUUGCUAUCCAGGAUGUGGUAACCCAUCUUACUUAUGGGUCGGUUUUUCAAAGCAAAACUGGAUUACAUCACCCUGAUCCAGAUACACACGUUAUCAGAUUUUCUAGUCUGGAUUGCUAGUGCUCUACGGAGGCUCUGAAGGGACAUGGUGAUGAAAAAAAAAACGACAAAAAAAAAUGACAUGGCGGGGAAUGCCAAUGUUUUGGACUGUAGUUUUGCAUUGCAUAUACACAAAUAACUACUUUUGACUAGCCCAUCGCUAAUUAUUGUGCUAACGUAGUAAAAAGUAGAAAAAAAAAAACCCUUUGGUAUUUUGAUAGCUGUUUUGGGGAUUAGGGGAUUAUUACAUGUUAGGAAUGUUGUGUUUUUGACCAGUUUUAAUACAUUUUUAUUCCUGAAAUUCACCCUUCUGCUGGGAUCAGAAUAAUACUUUUUUUUAAUCUGAAGUAUCCCUUCUAUCAAAAGAAUUCUUACUAAAACGCUCUGAACAACACAAACUGAGGAUUUAAUCCAGAUCUAAACCAAGAUUGAAUUUUGUGAUCUAAUCCGAAUUCAGAAUCCUAUUAUUUUCCUUUUAAACAACUGGCUUGAUGAUUGUGGUUUGUGUCAAUAAUCUGGGAACUCUUUUUGAAGGUUUUUACCCGGAGCGCUUUAAAUGUGACACAGGGCUCCGUGCACGUGUGUUUGUGUCGAAAUGCCAAAUAAAGGCAGAAGAGCAAAGCAGCGUGAUGGACAGGAGGAAGAGGAGGAGGAUGUGCCCGUCAAGCAGAUGAAGGUGGUGAACGGCUCCGCUCCUCUGUGCUUCGACUCGCCGCGUGAUUUCUUCCAGAGUCUGAUCAGUCCGGUCGGGCUGGACGAGUUCUUCCAGCACUAUUGGGAGCAGAAGCCGUUAGUCCUGCACCGGUCCGAUCCGGAUCUGGCCUCUUAUUACGGCUCUCUGUUCCAGCUGUCAGACGUGAAGCAGCUCUGCGCUCGUGGCCUGCGAUACGCCACGGACCUCAACGUCUGCCGCUGUGUGGACGGCAAGAAGAAGGUACUGAAUAAAGCAGGGAAAGUGAAGUUCAACCAGCUGAAGAAGGACUUGGAGGAGAGGAGAGCCACCAUACAGCUGCACCAGCCACAGAGGUUUAAGGAUGAGCUGUGGCGCAUUCAGGAGCGGUUGGAGUGUUUCUUCGGCUCGCUGGUCGGAUCCAACAUCUACAUCACUCCUCAGGCCUCACAGGGCCUCCCGCCGCACUACGAUGAUGUGGAGGUGCUGAUCCUUCAGCUGGAGGGACAGAAACACUGGAGGCUUUAUCAGCCCACCGUCCCUCUGGCCCGCGAGUACAGCCUGGAGCCCGAGGACCGCAUUGGUCCCCCGACACACGACUUCAUCCUGCAGCCUGGAGACCUGCUGUAUUUCCCCAGAGGAACCAUCCAUCAGGCGGACACACCGGCCGGCGUGGAGCGAUCCACUCACCUCACGCUCAGCACCUACCAAAAUACGUCGUGGGGCGACUUCAUGCUGGACGUGAUUCCCGGCUGCGUGUUCGACUGCAUGAGCCGAGACCGUGAGAUGCGAUCCGGACUGCCUCGUAACCUCCUAACGGCUCCCGGUUUCGGUCCCAAUGUUACUAAGCGGGUGUGUGAGUUUCUGCGCCGCCUGGCCGAUGGUCUUGAGCAGGACGAUCACGAGUUGCGCUCCACUGCUAUGAAACGAGACUUCAUCUCCCACAGACUGCCACCGUACCUGCUGGACCAGGCCGAACUCGAACCCGCUGGGAAACUGCCGUCGCUAGAGGACACGGUGUGUAUCCGGUUCAAAGAGCAUCUUCUUCUAACGGUGGAGCCCAGUCAAGACAACACUGACGAGGCCACAGAGCUGGUUGUGUUUGUGUUGCAUUCUUUAAAGAACAAGAGAGAAACGCACAUGAUGGGAACAUCUGAUGAGGAGGAUGAGGAGGAUGAUGAAGAAGAUGUCGUCUCGCAGGGUCUGCGCUUCCCCUCGUCUCAUCUGGCUGCUCUGAAACAGCUGCUGAGCGGCGAGCGCAUCCCGGCUGUGCAGCUGCAGCUCCUGCAGGAUGAAGAUAAAGUGGGGUUGCUGCUGGGUCUGUGGAGUGAAGGACUACUGCAGGUCUGCCAAACGCCUUAAAGAUUGGCUCAUGUGCUGCAGCUCAUGUUCAUCCUCCUCGUGAAUGACGCUGCAGCUCUACAGCAUCCGUCUUCAUCAGCAGCGGCUAUGAACAUCUUAUUGUGACUAACUGUAGCUAAAUAAAACAAGUGUCAUUAUCCAA